AUGGGCAUUCGUGAACUAUGUUGGGGAAUCUUGUUUGCAGUUCUAGUGAAUCCCUCAGAGAGCGAUUGGCUAAAUUGUGGAAAUAUCACAAGCUGCAAUUGCAAAUGGUCAUCAGGAAAAAAAACGGCAUCAUGCGUUUCAGCCGGACUAACAAAACUACCACACCUGGCCUCAGAUAUACAAGUACUAGAUUUACACGGAAAUACCUUAUUAGAACUCCAGGAAGAUGCUUUUGCAAAAAUAGAAUUAUUAAAUUUACAAAGAUUGAAUCUGAGUUUAACAAACUUGAAGUACUUGCAUCAAGAUGCUUUCAGAGAACUGCGCAUUUUAAUCGAAUUAGACCUGUCAAGAAAUUACCUAACAGAACUUUCACCUGACAUUUUUAAAGGAAACGAGCGACUAAGGCUACUCGUACUUAAUGACAACCCGUUGAGUAAAUUAGCCGCAGAGCAAUUCCCGCCAUUGCAACAUUUAAAGAAACUAGAACUUUCGAGAUGUCGACUUCGCAAAGUUCAUCCCUUUGCCUUUGUCAACCUGCGGGCUCUAGAAACUGUACACGUACAUCAAAACUUACUUUCAUAUCUUCAUCAUGAUACAUUCAACUUACCCUUGUUAAAAACUUUAAUGUUGUCAGACAAUCCGUGGUUUUGUGAUUGUAGGCUUAGAGAGUUCCAUAAGUGGUUUGUUAGAAGUAAUCUUGGUAACGAAGAGGUAUUUUGUACUGGACCAGAGAAAAAGGCACACAUGUCAUGGUUGGACAUCAAUGAAGGUGACAUGGUUUGUCCGCCCUCAGCUUUAUCUAGUCCGUCUGUAAUAAGGACUGAGACUGGAGCGGAUAUAAAUUUUGGUUGCUUUGUCCGGGGUGACCCAAAACCGACAGUGACGUGGUCCUUUCGUCAUUCUGAAAUAGUUAAUAAAACAUAUAGUGAUAGUGAAGUUUUUAUCUAUAAACAUAGUUUUGGACACUUUGAUGAAUACAUUGAUGACUUUAUAAAUAAAAGUUCACAAUGGUUUAAUGUAUCAAUAAGUAACGUUACCAGUGACUUGGCCGGCGAGUGGCGGUGUAGUGCAAAAAGUCCCGCAGGAGAAGCUAAUGCAUAUUUAACUUUAUUUCUACCUAAAGCAAGAACUGCUACUGCUCGCAGUGCACCUGAUUAUACAAAGUUUUUUAUAGCCAUCGGUGCAGUAUUUGCAAUGGCUUUUACUGGAUUUUUAGCCGCAUGUUUUUGUUGGAAAAUAAAACGCCGAAGAGUACCUCCUAGUAGAAGCUUUACAGAUCAAGAAAAAAAGCUAUUAGAUACAUCAUUAGCUGUAAGUUGUGACCGAACGAGCGCGGAGAUGGGAUCUUCCUACGGUUUCGAAAUGUUUGAUAGGUCCAUGUCCAUGGAAAGUGAAGACACUCAAAGAUGCUUAGAACCGGUUCAGAUAACUAUAGAAGGACCUUCUGGACCAUUUCCACCUCCUCCAGCAGAAUUUGCUAUACCAGCCCCUUAUGGUAAUAUUUUUAUAUCGGUACAAGUUACCGGACACAAUAAGGAAUAUCCGGACCUUCUCGGUGGCGGCUCAACCUUACCAAGACGUAGUAGAACUUGCUUCUUGAAAUCACCAUAUGAUAAUAUGGGCCCGAGAGUAACAGCUACUGGCAGUUCAACUUGGUCUUUGCCAGGAGCUAAAGGCGAUAAGAAUUUAAAAGAAUCUAUAGCAAGUCCUAUGUCAAAGUUUUCUACUGAAUUCACCGCCCUUUAG